GUGUCAGUUUUGACGUUUUGUGUUAAAAUGUUUUGGAUUACUUACAUUUUAAUUUGUGUACGUGUUAAUCUGAUAUUUAAUCGUUUUCCUAUACUUUUGCGUAACUUGUUUCUUUUAUUGUGAUUGAAUAGUAAAAAUGAUGAUACUUACAAUGACGACUUUAAGGGGCGGAAAUAGUUUCUAUUUAAAAUGGACUUAAGACGUAAUAUAAAACAUCGUAAACAAAGGCUGGCUGAUAAAUUAGAUGGGUCGAUCAACAUGAAUCCACGAUAUCAGGAACCUUGGGAUGAAGAAGGGGCUUCAGACACUUGUACCUUACUAGAGAAAAACAAUUUAAUUCAACCCGAAGUUGUGACUUUACAAAAAGAGUCAUUAUGGGCCACUUCUAUCCAAAUGUUCAUUCCAUUCCUGCUUGCUGGUUUUGGAAUGGUCGCUGCGAGUCUUCUUCUCGAUAAAGUUCAACACUGGACCGUAUACCAAGAAGUGUCUGAAGUAUACAUCCUCGUACCCGCCUUAUUAGGCCUUAAAGGCAAUUUAGAAAUGACUUUGGCGUCUAGACUGUCAACACAUGCAAACUUGGGUCAUCUAGACACCCGUCAACAAAUGUUAAGUCUGAUAGUUGGUAACUUGGCUCUUAUUUUAUGUCAAGCCAUCGUCGUGGGGUUUCUAGCAUCACUAGCUGCCGUUAUUUUCGGUUGGGUGCCAUCUGGUGUGAUAAACGUAAACCACGCACUUGUUCUAUGUGCCAGUAGUAUUGUUACAGCUUUUGGUGCUAGUUUUAUCCUAGGUUUAGUAAUGGUCGGGGUAAUACUAUUUUCGCGAUAUUUUAAUAUCAAUCCUGAUAAUGUAGCGACUCCUAUCGCCGCUAGUUUAGGUGAUCUCACAACUUUGGCAUGUCUAUCGUGGCUCGCCUCGGUAUUUUAUCAUAGUAUGGACAGCCAUCCGUGGCUGACUUCUGUUAUUAUUUUUCUAGGACUGAUUCUAGUGCCAGUUUGGGCUUGGAUUGCGAGCCGAAACGAGUAUACUUGUACUGUAUUGUUUAGUGGUUGGUCUCCUGUCAUUGCUGCGAUGAUUAUAAGCAGCGUCGGGGGUUUGAUUUUAGAUUUUACUGUUUCGCAGUAUAAAGGUGUAGCUGUUUUUCAACUAGUCAUUAAUGGAGUUGGUGGAAACUUAGUCGCUGUACAAGCAAGUCGCAUUUCAACUGAACUUCACAGCAAAGCGAAACCUGGAAAAUUACCAAAUCAUAUGCAAGUCUGCAUUACUCCUUGCUCAGCAUUCUGUGAUAGUCGUGAGACAAGUCAUGCCGGGACUGCGCGCAUGCUCAUGCUUAUGGUCAUUCCGGGACAUCUUAUUUUCUCAUACACUAUUAGUUAUCUUCAAGCCGGUCAUACUUCUUUCACCUUAAUUUUUAUGGUUGUUUAUCUAAUUGCGGCACUUCUUCAAGUCCUUUUGUUACUCUACAUCGCACAAGUGAUGACUUUAAGUAUGUGGAAACAUAACAUCGAUCCUGACAAUUCUGCCAUUCCUUAUCUAACAGCAUUAGGAGAUCUUCUCGGGACUUUACUUCUUGGCAUAGCUUUCCAAUUUUUGUUCCUUAUCGGUGACCGAGAUAGCGACGUUGGUGAUUAAUCUAAAAAACUAAUAUGAAUUCUAAAAGGCCACUUGUGAUGAUUAAAUAACUACUUUCAAUGUACGUUUAUAAUAAAUUUCCACUUGCUUCAUUGGUGCUAUUCUUAUGUACAUACGAUAUAUAUCAAUAUUAUUAUAUACAGUACCGAGAUAAAUAAAUUUUCUAUUUCAUUGUAA